AUGAUCCGUGCCGUAAGUGCAGCGCAGCGCUUCGACUCUCGAGGCAACCCGACCGUCCAAGUCGAGCUUGACACAGAACUCGCUCACCGUACCCAAUCAGGCAAAUUCCGUGCCCUCGUCCCCUCGGGUGCCUCGACCGGCCAGCACGAGGCCGUCGAGCUGCGCGAUCACGACGCCUCGCGCUUUGGCGGCAAGGGCGUGGCCAAUGCCGUAGCCAACGUGCGCGAGACCAUCGGGCCGGCGCUGGUGCGGGAGCAGUUCGACGCCCGCAUGCAGCUACGCGACCUGGACGCUUUCAUGUGCCGGCUGGACGGGACGCCCAACAAGGCGCGGCUCGGCGCCAAUGCCAUCCUGGGGGUCAGCAUGGCCUUUGCGCGGCUGGCCGCUGCGGCUUCGCGCAUGUGGGCUGACGGAGAUGAUGGGCAGGGAGAACCGCUCUACGAAUUCCUCCGCCGAGAGGCGGGCGCCGACAAGGGCCCCUAUAUCAUGCCCGUGCCUUUCUUCAACGUCUUGAAUGGGGGCGUGCACUCGGGCAACACGAUGGCGUUUCAGGAGAUCAUGAUUGCGCCGGUCGGAGCCACGUCGUUCGAGGAAGCGAUGCGUAUGGGGUCGGAGGUAUACCAGGCGCUGAAGAAGAUUCUUGUGGAGAAAUUCGGCUCCCCCGCGACCGGAGUCGGCGACGAAGGCGGCUUUGCGCCCCCGAUAACUAAGCCGGAAGAGGCACUCGAUCUUUUGACCGCUGCAGUCAAGAGCAGCGGCUACACGGGCAAGAUCGCCUUCGCAAUUGAUCCAGCGUCGUCCGAAUUCUUCCGGGACGGCGUCUACGACCUCGGCUUCAAGGACAAGACAGCCGACAGGCGCAGCCCCCAGCAGAUGCAGCAGUUGUACCAGGGGCUUGUCAAUGGUCAAUACCCCAUUGUGCUCCUGGAAGACCCGUUUGCCGAGGACGACUGGGAUUCUUGGACCGAGUUUAACAAGACUUGCGGGAUAGAACUGGUGGGCGACGACCUCCUCGUUACGAAUGUUGAGCGUGUGCGCAUGGCGGACGAGAGGAAGGCAUGCAAUUCCAUGCUGCUGAAGGUCAACCAGAUCGGUACCGUCAGCGAAGCUAUCGAAGCCGCAAACUUGGCCUUCAGUCUCGGCUGGGGCGUCUUUGUGUCCCACCGCUCGGGAGAGACGACGGAUGACUUUAUUGCAGACUUGACCGUAGCUCUCGGGACCGGCCACCUGAAAUCGGGAGCUCCGUGUCGGGGGGAGCGCGUUGCCAAGUACAACCGGCUUCUUGAUAUCGAGGCCGAACUGAAGGCGUUGGGGAAGCCGUGUGUCUACGCUGGCGAAAGCUUCCGCUUCCCGUCCAAGCUCAAGACAUAG